CAUAAACAACUUCAAUUUAAAAUUAUGUUUUCCUCCCUUCACAAAAAAAAAAUCAGUUUUUCUUCCUAUUUUCAUCCCAUCUAAUCUAAACUGAUCACUAAUCGCAGCAAUCCCACUUUUACGUCCGAGCUAGUUCCUAAACAAUAUUCUAUACUAUUAUGGCAAGCACAACUUCUCUGUCUAUACUAUGUCCCAAAUUUUCUCAACAAAAACUCACAUUUUGCACCCUCAACAACAACAAUCACCAUCCCUCAAAUAAUGGACAUAUCAACUUCAACCCAAAUCUGAAAACUUCAGUCUCAAAACAGUUUAUUACCAGCCCAAAACCCCAACUCCUGAAAUAUAAAUACAUAAAAAAUCAAAUAAAUUCCAUGUUUACUGGCAUUGUUGAGGAAAUUGGGCAAGUUAAAGAAAUGGGUUAUGGUGAAGAUGGUGGAUUUCAUCUUAAAGUAAAGGGUAAAAUUGUCCUCCAAGAUGUGAACCUUGGUGAUAGUAUUGCAGUUAAUGGGACAUGUCUAACUGUGACGGAAUUUGAUACUAAAGCGUCGGAAUUUACACUUGGGUUAGCGCCUGAGACACUUAGGAAAACCACAUUAUUAAAACUCGAACCUGGGUCAAUUGUUAAUUUGGAAAGAGCCCUUCAGCCUACUACACGGAUGGGUGGUCAUUUUGUUCAGGGACACGUUGACGGGAUCGGAGAAAUUGUAUCCCUUAUUCCAGAAGGUGAUUCUUUGUGGGUGAAGAUAAAAACAAGCCCAGAAAUACUAAAGUACAUUGUACCAAAAGGGUUUAUAGCAAUUGAUGGCACAAGUUUAACUGUAGUGGAAGUGUUUGAUGAGGAAGUUUGCUUUAAUAUUAUGUUAGUUUGUUACACUCAGCAAAACGUGGUGAUACCACUAAAAAAAGUUGGUCAAAAGGUGAAUUUAGAAGUUGAUAUAUUAGGAAAAUAUGUAGAGAGACUACUCAAUUGUGGGCUUCAAGAUUCUACUAAACUAUCUUAAAAUAUAUCCCAUGAGGAUUGAGCCUUGAGGAGAGGUGCAUGAUAUAAUUUGCAUCCUGUAUCAGGGACAUGGUGUAUGAUUCAACACUUAUUAAGAAUAUUAGGUUCAUUUGUGUAACGCCUAUAACAAUGUUGUCAAGUUUUAGUUGUAUUUGCCAUCCUUUUAUUCUUAAUAAAAAUCUA